AUGGAGCGGGUGGGAGUCACUUUUACGGGCCCCUCCUUCGGGGCGAGCUCCAAGCGGGUUCGGUUGGACUCGAACGUUUUUCCGUGCCAGCAGAUUCCUCAGCUCCCCAUGCAGCAAUCCAGGAUCCCCAACGGUGCUAUGGACUCUGUGCCACCGCAGCUCGUACAGGUGAGCGCCCAGGGCUUUUCAGGCCCCAUGGAUGAGAGGCAACUGCCCAAGCCCAAGGGAAGGGCCAAGAAGCAGACGGCACAGACCAAGCAACCCAUGCCCAUGGCCUUCAACUCUGGUGGAGGCGAGGAAGCCCAGUCAAAGUGCUUGCGGCCUUUGUUCCAAGGAUGCACUGCAAGGAGUGACUUGGGUUGGCAUCCCUGUCGGAACGGCUGCAGCUCAGAGCUGGUUGGGCGCUUGGUCCUGGUUUUACGAUCUUUGCAGUCGCCAGACUCCUCCACUGCUCCUUCUGUCUGCCACAAUUGCUUCUUCUACUCCCACUUUGACACCACUUCGAUUCCAAGUGGUGCUUCUAGUUGUUUUUUCAAAGCUUCAACUGUGUAA